CUUUUUGUAAUUAGAACGUGUGCCAGAGAGCCGAACCUUACAAGUGUGUGUGCAUGCGCGUGUGUGAGCCGAAUCUGAAGCAUCGAUUAAGUGAUUGAUUGGUCCAAAUCAUUACAGCCUUCCAAGACAACAGAACAAGUGUCCCACUACCCCCUACAUUCACCUGAAGAUGGAGGCCUCUGAUGCCCCUGUUGCUGCCCCUACCCCCUCCACCUCAAGCCAGCCAAUCCCCCGCUCCGCCUCAGUUUCGUGCCAUACCUCUCGCACGGUAGGGGGCAAAAAGCAAAAGCGGACCCCCUUGUAUCAGCGAUCUAUGAGUUUUGACCCCAGUCUGCUGCAUAAUAAUGGCCAUGGUGGAUUUGCCAAUGGAACGAGCAUGGGAAUCCGUGAGACGGGAGUGGUUGAAAAGCUGCUUACAUCAUAUGGAUUCAUUCAGUGCUCUGAGAGACAGGCCCGUCUCUUCUUCCAUUGUUCUCAGUACAACGGCAACCUGCAGGAGCUUAAGAUUGGAGAUGAUGUGGAGUUUGAGGUGUCGUCUGAUAGACGCACUGGCAAACCAAUUGCGGUGAAGCUAGUAAAAAUCAAGGCAGAAAUGUUGCCAGAAGAGCGAAUUUCUGGGCAGGUGGGGCCUGACUUGCACGCCUCUCCUUUAACUGUGCUGCAUGGUUUUAUUCAUCCAGUAGUAUCAGCUAUCCCCUCUCACCUGGACGGGAAGUCUGCACCUGGUCAAGUGCCCACAGGCAGUGUGUGUUAUGAGAGGAAUGGGGAAGUGUUUUAUUUGACCUAUACCCCUGAUGAUGUGGAAGGAAAUGUUUCUUUAGAUACUGGAGACAAAGUCAGUUUUUACAUGGAGACCAACAAGCAUACUGGUGCUGUUAGUGCUCACAACAUUGUAUUGGUAAAUAAGCAACAGUCAAGAUGUCAGGGAGUGGUUUGUGCUACCAAGGAGGCCUUUGGAUUUAUUGAACGAGGCGAUGUUGUGAAGGAGAUCUUCUUCCACUACAGUGAGUUUAAAGGGGAUCUGGAGGCUCUACAAGCUGGAGAUGACGUGGAAUUCACCAUUAAAGAAAGAAAUGGCAAGGAAGUGGCCACAGAUGUGAGACUGCUGCCUCAGGGCACGGUUAUAUUUGAGGAUAUUAGUAUUGAAACCUUUGAGGGCACUGUCACCAAGGUUAUUCCUAAGGUCCCUACCAAGAAUCAGAACGACCCGCUGCCUGGGCGAAUCAGUGCCAGAAUUAAUUUCACUGACAAAGAGCUGCUAUUUGGGGAGAAGGACACCAAGUCCAAAGUGACGCUGCUGGAGGGCGACCAUGUCCAGUUCAAUAUAUCCACUGACCGUCGGGACAAACUGGAGAGAGCAACAAAUAUCGACAUCCUCCCUGACACCUUCCAUUUCACCAAGGAGACCCGUGAAAUGGGUGUGAUAGCUGCCGUGCGUGAUGGUUUUGGCUUCAUCAAAUGUGUGGACCGUGAUGCCCGAAUGUUCUUUCAUUUCAGCGAGGUUCUGGAAGAGAGCCAACUGCACAUUUCUGAUGAAGUGGAAUUCACCGUUGUCCCUGACAUGCUGUCAGCCCAAAGGAACCAUGCCGUGCGGAUCAAAAAGCUGCCCAAGGGCACAGUGUCAUUCCACACUCAGUCUGAGCUGCGUUUUGUGGGGGUGGUGGAGAAAGAAGCCGUGCCUGCUACCACCAACAAGAACUACAGCCCCAGCAAGGUCAAAGAGAAGGAUGCAGAGGAAGGCUUGAUUGCGUAUGAAGAAAGUGGAGAGAAAAGCACUCUUCCCUACCAUAUUAAAGACCUGGAGGGAGGCGUUUACCCACAACUUGGAGACAAGGUGGAGUUCUCCAUCAGUGAAGUGAAACGCACUGGACAGCAAAGUGCAGUGUCCCUCAAGAUCCUUAAUCGUGCUGUUGGCACCAAGAGGCUUCUGGGAUACAUUGCAACACUGAAGGAUAACUUUGGCUUCAUAGAAACAGCCAAUCAUGAUCAGGAGAUCUUCUUCCACUACAGUGAGGUAUGUGGGGAUGUGGAUAACAUGGACCUGGGGGAUACGGUGGAGUACACUCUCUCCAAGGGUAAAGGAAACAAAAUCAGUGCUGAGAAGGUCACCAAAGUUGCAGCUGUGAAUGGAGUAGGAGAGGAUGUGAGCAAUACUGUGUUCCUGGGGAAGGUGGUUCGGCCUUUGCGCAGUGUGGACCCUUCUCAGACAGAGUAUCAAGGCCUUAUUGAGAUCACAGAGGAUGGCUCCAGUAAGGGUCAGAGUUAUCCAUUCGGCAUUGUUGGUAUGGCCAAUAAAGGUGAUUGUCUGCAAAAGGGUGAAAUGGUGAAGUUUCAGUUGUGUACAAUGGCCCAGACGGGACAAAAGAUGGCCUGCAACAUUGUGCCUCAGCGCAGAGCCCUGGUGGAGUGUGUCAAAGAUCAGUUUGGUUUCAUCACAUACGAAGUUGGAGAAAGCAAGAAGCUGUUUUUCCACGUCAAGGAGGUGCAGGAUGGUCUGGAGCUGCAGGCUGGUGAUGAAGUAGAGUUUUCUGUGAUUUUGAACCAACGCACAGGCAAAUGCAGUGCUUGCAAUGUUCGCAGAGUCAGUGAGGGUCCGAAACCAGUAGCAACACCUCGACCUGACAGACUUGUCAAUCGUUUGAAGAGCAUCACUCUUGAUGACACCAACGCCCCCCGUCUUGUGAUUAUCAGACAGCCCCGUGGCCCAGACAAUUCAAAGGGCUUCAGUGUAGAAAGGAAACUCCGCCAGCCUGGUAUCACUGACUGAGUACUGUUCACCCCUCUCCUCCUCUUCACUACAGAUGAAACGCCUUGAUGAAAAGCAAUCAGUCAAGGGGCAGAGGAAAGGAUUUGUGUGUCUUUCUCUCACACUCAUUUUCUCUCUCUCUCUCUCUCUCACCAUAAACACAAUUCACAGAAUAACAAACAAAUCAAGACUUGAACAUUAGCACACACAGGUCCCUUCCUUUGUCACAGGAUCCCUUGCAAAAGAAAAUUCUCAUCUCAUUGUCUUCAUUGUAUGUGUGAUGGUUUUGUGUGGUUGUAAUUUGAGCAAAAACCCCCUCGUGUUGUGUGCGUGUGGUAUGCAUCACAUGUUUGGAAAAAGUUAACUUGUAAGGUUGUUGUUGUUGUGCAGAGGAUAUGAGGGGAAAUAAAGGGGUUUGUAGUUCUCACAUCUUUUAGAUUGAGAUGUGGGGACUGGUUGACCCGUUUUUCAUUUCUGCUGAAAUUGAAAUGCCAGGAAUUCUGCACCUGCUGCUGUGUGAGUGAGUUAUUGUUUUAGAGUAGCUUUGCCUGUCUGUAUUUUGACUUCCGUUAUAUAUACUUUAUUCUUCCUGUAUCACUUGAAUACUUCUCCCCAUGUUGAGUUUCUCACCCAGGUGAUGUUGAGAUAUUGUUGGCCUCUUUCUGGUGAGAAAUGAAAUAUGACUUUAAAGUUCUUUUCACUCACAUUUUCCACACCUAAUUCCUUUGAGUAGCUUUUAACAUGGAUCUGAAAAUGAAAUAAAUUUUUUUCUGCGCUCAGAACUCGCUUGUGUAUGGUUUUUGAUUGUGUAAAUUACCAUUUUUGAUUUGUAUUCAAAUUAUAUUGUUUUAAGGAGCAUUUUUUUAAUUCCUGCCCUGAUUUCACCAGCUCCGACUGGGCAAGUGCAGAAUUCCUAAUGGCAUCUUGUAGCCUGCGGUCUUUUUUUAUUUUUAUUUUUUUUUUUUAUAUAUAUAUAGCUAUUUCUUUGCACACAUACUUUUUCUUUUCCUUUUUUUUUUUUUUCCUCCUUUGAGUUCAACUUAAAACUCAAUGUCUGCUAAUGAAUAAAUUAAGAAAAAGGUGCCUAAAAACAAACAAAACAAAAAAUAAAAUAAAAAAAUUGGUGUCUCCUCUAUCCCCAAACAGCCGCCAGAAUAUAAGAGCAAUUGUAGGGUGGCUUUUUUUCCAAGUAGAGAAUAAUGAUAUGCGUCCCCCAAACCUGUGGGUUGAGAUAUACUGUAUGUACUGUGUGCUUUUACUUGGGUGGACCUUUUGAAAACCUGAAUAAAAUGAGCAAAUGUGUGCAGAUCUUGAGAAAUGGGGGAAGUGUAAUAACAUUUAAAAACAUGCAGAGAAAUUAUGUUGAUAGAGGCUAUUUGCAGUGCUUCUUAUGACAAAUGGAACUAUUACUGUCAUGAAUAUUCUCUGGAGCACCCUGGGUUUGUGUUGAACCUUAAGGUUCUCCUAUAUACUUUUUGUUAAUGGUCUUGAAACAAUGAAACAAUUGAAAUAAACAUUUUAUGAGAAUCAAAA